CUGAGGGUCAGGGUCAGUCAGCAGGCUCACAUGAGUCCUCCCUACUCGGGUCUCAGAUGCAGAGAAUGUUGCUGCCCCCCACAGAGAUCGAGAAGUUUGAUGGCAACGUCAUGAAAUAUAAACUGUUUAUCAGGUCUUUUGAAGCUAGGAUCGCUUCACGUACCACUGAUGAGGAUGAGCUUCUCCACUAUCUUGAGCAGCUCACUGUAGGAAAGCCUAAGCAGAUUGUGAGGAGCUGCAUGUAUUUGAGGGAUGUAGGGUAUGCAGAGGCUCGUCGGCUGCUGGAUGAAAGGUAUGGUAGCUCUCACAAGGUGGUAGAUGCGUACAUCCAAAGACUCAACAACUGGAGUAGGAUUUCCCCAGGAGAUGUAGAGGAACUUGACAGGUUCACCCUGUACCUGAUCGAGAUAAAGCAUGCCAUGACGGACUUGGACAUUGUUGGAGAACUGGAGCAUCCACGCACACUGAGGGAGGUGGUGGAUAAGCUACCAGCCUACCUGAAGGACAGGUGGAUGAGGGUAAGUGACGAGAUCAUGGAGGAAAAUGGGAGGAUGGUUCGCUUCAAGGACUUAGUAGACUUCCUUUCCAAGGAAGUACGGGUCAAGAGAAACCCAGUAUUUGGGGCUCCGAUAGGGGACAGACAGGUGCCACAGAGAUCUAAGACACAGCACAACUUGGGUCGCACACAGGCACAGUGUAGUGCAACAGCUGUAAAGCAAAAUAGGGAAAAAUGUCUGUUCUGUCAGGGUGACCAUUUUUUGGAUGACUGUCAGGAGUUGAGAUACAGAGCUCUUGAGGAAAGGAAGCAGUUCAUUCAGGCGCAGAGGCUGUGUUUUGGGUGUCUGCGAGGGGGUCACGUGGCUAAGUUCUGUAGGAGGCGUAGGAAGUGUGGUAUCUGUGGCAAUCUCCAUGCUACUCUCCUUCACAGACAGAGUGAAGCUCCCAAGAGUGAGCAGACAGAAUCCAGUCCUGUGACCACCCCAGUACGGGUCAGCAGUGGAGGGGUGACCUCCGAUUCUGGACAGAGGUCAGGUACGAUGAUGCCCGUGAUACCGGUAAGAGUCGUGUCACCCACAGGAGAGGUCUUGCAUACAUAUGCCUUCUGCGACAGUGGUAGCUCAGGGACGUUUAUGAGCGAAGGUCUGGCAGAGCGGCUUGGCAGUCCUUGUAAAUCUACUACCAUUUCUGUAGACACAGUGUGUGGACCAGGGAACGAGAUUUCCACUUCGGUGAUUGAGAACAUCAGAGUUGGUCCUCUGGAAGGGAAGCGUUUGUUCUCACUGCCGCCAGUGUUCACUAUUGGCCGUAUUCCCGUUUCCAGUGAUGACGUGUGUGACAGAGCGGAACUGAGGAGGUGGCCGCAUCUGUCCGGUGUGACUCUGAGCGAGAUUGAUGUUGAACCGUGUGAAGUAGGUCUGCUGAUUGGGGCGAAUUGUCCGCAGCUACUGACGCCGGAGGAAGUGAGGAGGCCUGAGGGCGAGGGACCGUGCGCGGUGCGCACGUGCUUGGGCUGGUACGUCAUCGGAGUCUCCAGUCGGUCCUCCAGGAGGUCUCCGAGCCGGCACUCCGUGAACAGGAUCGCGGUGUCACGCUCGAACACGCACGGGUUCGAGUGCCGGCAGCGGACGCUAACAUGCUCCGCUUCCUGUGGUUCAAAGACAACGAUGUCGGCGCUGAGGCGGUGGUCUGCCGAAUGAGGUCGCACAUUUUCGGCGCGGUGUCGUCCCCGAGCGUUGCCAGUUUCGCCCUGCGGCAGUGUGCCGAGGAAGGUAGGGACAGGUAUCCGGAGGCAUCUAGAAUCGUCGAUGAAAAUGUCUAUGUAGAUGAUGCUCUGGUGUCUGCGUCGUCGGUAGACUCGGCGAUCCACUUGGCUUGUGACUUGAAGCAGCUGUGCAGUGAGGGCAGAUUUAACAUGUGUAAGUUCGCCAGUCACAGCGCUGCGUUCCUGCAAAGCAUCCCACGUGAGGACA